GAGCUGUGAGCACCCCUGCUGUGAAUAAUAGAAGUGCAUGUCUGCGUGCGUAACACGUUGCUAAACCGCUACCAAUUGAAACCGUGCAGAGGAGAAGCACUUCGCUUUCACGGCGUGGAGGCUAUUGAUCAUUUGAACUUUUAAUCCGACUUCAAAAAAACAGCAAGAUGUCGUAUAUGCUCCCUCAUCUUCACAAUGGGUGGCAAGUAGACCAGGCCAUCUUGAGCGAGGAAGAUCGUGUUGUGGUAAUUCGAUUUGGGCAUGAUUGGGAUCCAACAUGUAUGAAGAUGGAUGAAGUUCUCUAUAGCAUUGCAGAAAAAGUGAAGAACUUUGUUGUGAUAUAUCUUGUCGACAUUACUGAAGUGCCUGACUUCAAUAAGAUGUAUGAAUUGUAUGACCCUUGCACAGUGAUGUUCUUCUUUCGUAACAAGCAUAUCAUGAUUGACUUGGGCACUGGGAACAACAAUAAAAUCAAUUGGGCCAUGGAGGAUAAGCAGGAAAUGAUUGACAUUGUUGAAACAGUGUACCGAGGUGCCCGGAAGGGACGUGGUCUUGUGGUUUCUCCCAAGGACUACUCAACCAAGUAUAGAUACUGACUUAUCCUCUACUCACAUCCUGUUUCCCAUCCCAUGUGUUAUAUGGUCCCAAGCUGUGUCAAGAACUUCUGUGAGUGGCUUCUUGCUGGAACUAGUGGAAUAUGUUUCUGCUUCAAG